AUGGAAUUAAGAAGACAGCGCGAAAUGGAACAUGACCAAUAUGAAGAGACGAUUCUUGGUCUGAAAAGGGAAGUGCAGGUCUUGGCGGACGACAAUCAGAAACUGAAGAGAGAAAUGGAGGACCAGCAAAGCGGUCUCUUGGAAGAACUGAGUCGUCUCCAAGAUGGAAACAAGGAAAAGGAGAUGAAAAUCGAUCUCCUUGAGAAAAAACUGCAGCUUCUCCAAGACGAGAGUAGUCCACAUCUGGAAGACAAACAACGGAAAGAGAUCGAGGCUCUCGAAAGCAAGUGCUCUCGGUUGUUGAAGGCGAUGGAGGACAAAAAUGUCCACCUUAGACAAGCUAAGAAGGACAUGAAGAGACUGAGGCAAGAAAUUGAGGACAAGCAAACUGGUCUCAUGGAAGAACUAAAACGCCUUCAGAAUGAAAACACUGAAAAGGAGAUGAAAGUUGAUCUACUUCUGAAUCUUCUUCAGAGUGGAAACGAUGAAAAGGAGAUGAAGAUUGAUCUCCUUGAGAAAGAAUUGAGUCGUCUCCAGAAGGAAAAUGAUGAAAAGGAGAUGAAGAUUGUUCUCCUUGAGACAGAGAAAAUGGAAGAAAGCAGAAAAGUGGUGCUUCUGGAAACCACUGUAGCAAACUUAGAACACCACUUAAAGACCCAGGAGAGACAAGGCUUCGUCAUGGAAGAAGAAAUAGUUGUCCUGAAAGAGGACAUAGCGAGACUGGAGGAUGAAAAGAAGCAAUUGGAGAGCAAUCUGGCCUUAUCUCAUUUAGAAUUGGACAGAAUAGUGACCCAGAGGGAAGGUCCAAACGCUCAUCCCAAUGAUGAGGCACCUGGAAUCUCACACCAGGUGGAGAAGGAGGAGGACAGAGAGCCUGACAGUACUGCCAAGAGGGCCCAAGAAGACGGAGUUAGUAUUGAAAAUGAAGGCAGAGAUACACCAAAAUAUAGAAGAUUGUUGAGCGAAAUAGGAAAUUUAAAAAGAGGACAGAAACGGCUUCGAGAGCAGUUGCUUGAAGGGCGGAAAAAAUACGAGGAAUUGGAGAGCAUUGCACUAAGCCUCCAAAGGAAAAAUAACAGGAAGGAUAGAAGAGGGAAGAGAAGGGAUUGGUUCCAAAAGAGAAUGGAUAAUUUCCAAAGCUACGAGAAUGAAAGUGGAGAAGACACCAAGCUCCCCAGGCCUGCUGAUAUUGCAUUCUCUCACUCUGAAAAGUGCAGCUCACUGGUGCCCUGCGAGUGCGGGGAUGUUUGUGAAGGCGAAAGUAUUUUGACGGAAGAAGACUUUGAAGAGUGGCUCAGAGCAAAAGACAUUGAAAUUGCACACACCAUAAUGGCGAAGGAAGGAGACAUUUUCUUUAUGGUGCAGAAGAAACGGAAAGGACCUGACCUUGAAGGGCACAAGCUGCAACGGACAGAAAUGAGAAGGCAAGAAAGAGAGACGAUAGAGGAAAUACUUAUAGACAAGCUAGAGGUGAGAUUUAGAAAGAUGAUGGAAGAGAGACUGAGAGAGAUAGAGGAGAGAGUUGAAGUGAAGAUAAGGAAGAGAAUUAAAAAGGAGAUUGAGAAAGAAAAUAGAGAGAUGAUGGAGAAGAUAAUUAAAGAGAAGAUACAGGAGAUGUGUGCAGAGGAAACUUCUGAAAAUUAUAUAGAAGAGGCACCUGGCAAGGAGAUGGAAAUAAUGACAGAGGAGAAGAAAAAGGAGAAGGAAAAGGAGUUACUUGGUAAGAUAUGGAAGAGACUGAUAAAGCGGAGAAAGGAGAUAAUGAAGAGACGGGAGAUGUAUAGGAAGAUGAGAAGGCGACUGAGGGAGAGGCAGGCAGAAAGGAAGACUGAAUUCGUGAGAAAACUGGAAGAGUUGGCACUUGAGAAGUUUAUCAAAGAAAAUCAACCAGCAAUUAAAAGGAAAGGUAAAAAGCAAAGAUAA